GGCUGUCCCCAGCCCAGGCAGGUAUAAGGCCACCUCACCAGGCCAAGGGAACCUGGAUGGGACAGAAAGAGGCCACCAUGUCCUCUUGGAGCCAAGAGCAAAACCAGAGCCCAGGGGGCCUGAACCCCCAUCUUUCUAGAACUCUGUUACUGCUGCUGUUAUCUGUGGCCUCGGCCCAGGGGGACCCCCCAAACCCCAAUGCCUGCCUGGUGUUCCAGUCGGUCAAGGGCACCACCGUUAACUGCCACCCACCUGCCGAGAUUCCCCGCCGCCUCCCGACCGACACCGUCCACCUGGCCGUGGAGUUCUUCAACCUCACCCAGCUUCCAGCCGACAUCCUCCGGGGCACCCCCAAACUCCAGGAGCUGCAUCUUUCCAGCAACCGGCUGGAGAACCUCUCGGCUGAGUUCCUGCUGCCAGUGCCUCAGCUGAAGGUGCUGGAUCUGACCAGAAACGCGCUGAGCCGGCUGCCGCGCGGGCUCUUCCGGGGCUCGGCCGCCCUCCGCACCCUGGUGCUGAAGGAAAACCGGCUCCACGUCCUGGAGGCCUCGUGUCUGCACGGCCUACAAGCCCUGGAACAUCUGGACCUGUCCGAGAACCGCCUGCGGACGCUGCCCGCUGGGCUGCUGGCUAACCUCACCGACCUGCGUGUCCUCGACCUUAGCAAUAACCGGCUGGAGACUUUGCCCCCUGACCUUCUGCGGGGACCCCAGCAGCUGGAACGGCUGCACCUGGAGGGGAACAGACUGCGGGCACUGGAGGACGACCUCCUGGCGCCCCAAAAGGACCUGCGCCACCUCUUCCUGAGUGACAACCAGCUAGCCAAGGUGGCAGCCAACGCCUUCCGGGGGCUGCGGUGGCUGGACUUCCUGGACCUCUCCAACAACUCGCUGAGCAGCGUGCCCAAGGGGCUCUGGGCGGGCCUGGGGCGGCCCACCCGGGACCUACAGGACGGCUUCGACCUCUCCCAGAACCCCUGGAUCUGUGACGGAAACCUGCGCGACCUCUUUCGGUGGCUUGUGGACAAUAAAGAUAAGAUGUUCUUCCGGAAUGACACGCGCUGUGCUGCCCCUGCUGCCUUGAAGGGCUGGACGCUCCUGGCGGUGGCCGAGUCCCAUUGAGGCCUGGGCGGGAGGUGAGGGGAC